AUGUCUUCUCCUCCGGGGGUAGUCGUCCUCGCCUCGCCGACAAAGGAACGAGGGAGUGGUGGGGCUGCUGCAGAGGUCAGCCGAGUGGACGUCCACGAGAUGAGCGCUGCGCGAGUUUUGAACGCGAUGAACGAAAACAUUGGCUCCCUUGGCGAGGUGGACUUCCUCGCCUACGGCAUUGCGCGGCCUUCGACCCUCGUCUCUCUGAGCCUCCACAGCAACCGCUUGUCUUCGCUCGAGGGUUUUGCCUCCAUGACGGCUCUGACCGCUCUCAACCUGUCUUCGAACGAGCUGGAUGGGGAGGCUAUCCGCUCUUGCGCGCCCCACCUGGGGCCUCUUGCUUCCCUCGAGAGCCUAGACCUGUCCUGCAACCGCAUCGAUGGCCUGCUUGGCCUGCCGUUUCUUCCCGGUCUGAGGCGCCUCCUCGUGCCCUACAACCGCCUCACGUCUCUUGACGGGGUGCAGGCGCUGGCGUCCUCCCUGACCCACCUAGACGCAAGGGACAACCGCAUCGCCGGGCCAGCGGGCGCCCACGCCCCUCACUUGGCCGCACUCGGGCGCCUGGAGAGCCUCGCUCUCGCGUCCGUGGGGAGGGGGCGCCGAGUGCAGCCGAACCCGAUCUGCGCGUGCCGCGGCUACCGAGAAGACGUCUUCGCUGCCGCGCGUUCGCUCAAGACCCUGGACGGAGAAAACGCCUCCUUCUUUUUUGAGGAUCGUGAGACCGCGGCGACGCCGGCGGAAGCGGCGGCGAAGAGAGAGAGCGGGGCAAGGGCGCAGCAGCAGCGCCGCAGCGUCGCCGCGGCGGCAGAUGUGACCGAGGACACACCGGCGGCCUCGGAGCCCGGGGGUGAUCGAAACGCGGCGGCGGAAACGGCCAUCCCCGUGGCGGCGGUGACAGCAUUAGUAGCGCCCGAGGAGGUGCCCAUCGCGCCCAGGUUCGACGCGCUAGCGGGCCGAUUCCGGCACCGCCGCCGCCGCCGCCCGGGGGUGGCGGCGGAAGGCGGCGGGGGUCGGGGUCGCUGCUUGGAUGACGAUGAUGACGACGAGAUGUCGUCGCGAAGGGUGGCGGUACAGUCGGCCGGUGUCGAGUCUUCGUCUAGCGACGCCGGCUGGAGCGAAGGUGACGGCGACGGUCUGCGGGAAAGCCACGCGGAGGGUUUCGACGCCGACAGCUUCGGGGUGGUGGGAUCGGCGGGGAGAGUUGACACCGAGGAGACCGCUGCGCGUGCCGUGCCAGGAAGGAGAAAGGACGGCGGGGGGGGGCGUGGGAUUUUUGAUGGGGAGUCGGGGGUGCGGGAAGCGCUGGGGGAGGAUGUCGCAGAGGAGCACGGCCUCCUGAGCAGGCUCAGGUCGGUCGCGCAAGAGGCUCGGCUAGAGGUGAUGGACAGCCGCUUGCAAGACUUGCAUGACAAGCAGGCCCAGGACACGGCUCGACACGCCGCCACCGCGGCGAGGGCAACGGCCGCUCUGCGUCGCAGCGUCAGCAAUACGACCCGAGGGCAAGCACACGAGGCGGGUGCCGCUGGUCCGACGAGGAGGGGAAGCAGGAGUAACCCUUGGGCCCAGCACGGGGACCCACAACAACGCGGGGUGGCUGGGAAGGGGGUUGUGCCCCGUACCGUCCGUGGGACAGGGUCUACGGUGCCCCUCAGGAGCAACGGCAACACAGCGGUAGCUGACCGCCCAGUGCGAUGGACACGCGCCUCCGGAGAUUGUGCGGCCAUCGGGAACGGGGGAUUUGGUAGUAGAGGUGGCGUUACGCAGCCCCCGGCGGCGGUGGCGAGGCCUGAGGAUGUUUGUGGUGGGGAGGCGUCUGUGACAGCGAGGUGCUCUUGCUGCGGCGGUCAAGACGCGUCGGAGUUGACGCUACAGGCGGCUAGGGGAGGAGGUUGUACGCCGCCGGGCGAACCAGGCGGCGUUGGUGCGAAGCCGUUGGAGAGCUCGGGCCGAAGACACCUCGCGGAUGCCUCCACUCAAGCAAACCGAGGGCCAGGGCCCCUGUCUUCUGGACCUGCGCGCACCCGGCGAGUAUCCGUAACCCCCUCCGCAGGUUCCUUCGCCUUGUGGAACGCCGGGACCGGAAAGUCGGGGUCCUCUCCCUCCACCGGCGGGUUAAGCAUUGGCGGAGCGGUGGCGGCGGCGGCGCUGGUAGGAGCGACGGCGGCGGCACUGUCGGGGCACGACGGUCACCGCCUGGCGAGCUCCUUCUCGAGGUGGGCGCGGGACACGGACCGCGCGAGGGCGGCGGCGGCGGCAGCGGCGGCGGACGAAGCCCUGGCCGGCGCCCGCCGGGAGGCAGAGCGGGAGCGGAAGGCGUGGGAGUCGGUGCAAGCGGCGCUGGAAGGGUCGGCCGCCGCGAGGGAGAGGGAGGCGAGAGAAUCGGCCCAGGAAGAGGGCCGUGAGGAGAUGCGGUCGAUGGCGGCGGCGUGCCGAUCGGCGGAGGAGACGGCUUCGUCGCUGGAGCUGCGACUCGCGCAAGCCGAGACCGAUGCUGCGGCGGCCGUGCUUGGACAGCAGCAAGCCCAGGCUGACGUCAUCAGGGCUAAGACGGACGCGGAAGCGAGUGUCAAGGCAAGCGAGGCCAGAGCUACGGCAGAAAUGGAGAGGCUGGAGGGGCAGCUAAGGGGGAAGGCGAGGGCAGAAAGCGAAGCGGAGGAGGAAUGCCGCCGUGUACGCUCGCUGCUUCGAGAAGCGGAGUCUCGCUGUCGGGGAUUGCAAGAUCAGGUCGAGGAGUCUCGCGCGAGGGAGAGACGAGCUUCGACCGACGCGGAUGACGCCAGAAGGAGAGCGGCCUUGGACGCCGACAAGAAGCUGGUGUCUGCGGUAGACUCCGAGCGUGAUCGGAUCGUGGUGCUCAAGCACAAGCUCGAGGCCGCGGAGGACGCCGCUCGCGCCGCUGCCAAGGCUGCGAGGGCGUCGGCGGAGGGGGAGGCUAGGGGGAGGAGAGCGGCCGCGGAGCUCGCGGAUCUAGCGCGAGAACAAAAGGCGGCGCUCCAGGUUGCCAACGGCGAGAUCCGGGCGGCACGCACGGAGAGGAUCGGCGCUCAGGAAGCGAUGGAGGCCAUGAAGGCAGAGGCAGCGAGGAAUAUGGCAGAUAUGAAGGAGAUCAGAGAUGCGCUCGAGGCUCGUGAGGCGACGCUCGCUGCUGAGCGGCAAGCGCGACGUCAGUGCCAACAGGAGCUCGAAGCGGCAGUGGCGCGAGCCAAGGCGCUGGACCAAGAAAAGGAGGACGCGGAAGCUAAGAUGAUGGCGUCGGCGAUCGCGCAGGGGGACCUCCGGGCCGCUGUGAUGGUGAAGGACAAGGUGCUCGAAGACCGCGAAAAGCUCGUCAAGGAGCUGCGGCUGAGGGAGGGAGACGCCCUGGCUGAGGCACAGGCAUGGCGUGACCGUCUGGACGCGCAGCAGGCCGAGUCCGACCAGCGGCUGGACGCCGCGAGGGAGGAGGUGUCGGAGCUUGAGGCGCAGGUUGUGGCGCUGUCUGGCGUGGAGGACCAGCUGAGAGAGGUGUUCAAGGAGCUGCGAAGGUACCGCAAGCGCCACGAAUCCGAGGAUGACGGCAAAGGCGACGGAGGCGGCGGCGACGACCGGCAGGGAGGUGAGUCCUCGCGGGACGGCAGUGGGCGACGCCAGAGGAGCUGUUCGACAGAGUUGACCGCCGUUGCGGCGGUGACGGCCGCGGCGAAGGCGGUCGAGGAGGAGCUGAGGGCACAGCUCGAGGCUAAGGACCAAGCUCUGAGGUACGUGGAGAAUGAGCUGCUGGGCAUGAAAUCUCUGUUCGAAAGUAAGGAGGCGUGCUUGCGGCAGGAGCUGGGCGAGGAGCGGGACAAACUAGCGGGCGAGGUGGGCGUGCUGAGGCAGCGGCUGGAGCAAGCUGAAGAAUCGAGAGCUGCAGCAGAGGAAUCCGCCCGUCAACACGCGUCAACGUCGGGUGCCCUCCGCUCCAGCUUGCGAAAUGGGGACCGUCGGUCGAAAGAGGUGCAGUAA